AUGAAAAGUGUUUACAAAGAUCUACAAAGAUAAACUGCCAUCCUCCGCGUGAAGUAAAUUUUACAUUUCGCGAGAACGGAAAAAGGAAGCUCACUCGCUCGCUCACUCGCUCACUCACUCACUAACUUUACUGCUGCUUCGCAAGCCAUUCGUUAGUGUUCGUUCCCCCCCCCCCCCCCGCAGCUGCUAAAAGGGGCAUAUAAUAUCACAUACGUGUAUGUAAACGUAUGCAUACGCAUGUUUACGCAUGUAUAUGCUCGCAAAGCUGCACGUUUAGAGGAAGGAGGAACAAUCUGCCAACCGGUGGAAGAUACCCCAGCGACUGUUUUAACGUCCCCAACGGAGUGACGUACAAAAAUUUGUCAUCUUUUUUGCAUUCGAUUGAGGAAAAAUGGCGGAAGAAUUCACAGAAGAUAUAGGAGUGGUAAACAAGAGGCUACUCGAGCCAGUGCCCUUUGUAAGAACGAAUAACUGCAUCAAGGACGUAGACUCCGAGCUGUUUAUUAAGGCAUAUGCAAGUUACUUAAAACUGCACAACAAAAUAACCUUCCCAAAAUGGUGUAACUUCGUUAAAACAGGAAAGGGAAGAAAGUUGGCUCCCCUAAAUGAGGACUGGUAUUUUGUGAAAGCGUCGAGCAUCUUGAGGAAAUUGUACCUUAGCCCAGACAUUGGCGUUGGCUUCCUCAGAAGGCACUACAGCUACAAGCAGAGAAGAGGUGUUGCCCCCAACCACACCAGUUUGGCUAGCGGAAAGAUCUUAAGGUCAAUUUUGCAGCAGCUAGAAAACCUCGGCUAUGUAGAGCAGAACCCAAAGAAAAAGGGAAGGAGACUCACGACCAAGGGGGAAAAUGCCAUCAACAACUUUGCCAGGUACAUCAACAAGAAGGUCUACAAGCUGGAUAAGGAGUGAUUGGGGGGAGGGGCAAAUGAGGAAGAGGGACCACGCGAAUCAUCUCGUGGAACUUGCAUCACGUGGAACUUGCAUCACGUGUGCAGACUCGCCGAAUGUGAGAACCCCCCGCGCUGCUGCAUCGGUGUGGGAGGAGGCCUUGCCCCUGGAUAGGCGCAAUUAUCAGCGAGAUGCACCAUACUGUUUUCUUUCCUUCUUACAUUUCUUAUAUUUCUUUUUUCUUUUUUUUUUUUUUUCCCCCUUGUGAAUUUACACGUAUGUGCGUUAUUCCCCCUUUUUAACACUUCAAUGUUGUGGUACCCCACCCUGCUUAAGCAACUUCACGUCGACUGCGAAAAGGGCACGGCAACAUGCGGGGAGAGAACCCCAGCUGUGUGACCCUGAUAGUGACAGCUGCAGCUUUAAUUUUUAUGCCUUAAGUUUUUU